UUCGUCUCGUUCUCUGUGUUGUUGUUCUCGGUGACGCGACGGAGGUGUAGCCUGACGCGGUCUCUUACGUGUCGGCCUGAAUAAAAGUGUAGCUCCAAGGGCUCGAGAGUGACGGAGGGAGUCUGUAUCGAUUUCUGCAGUAGCAGAGAGUGAAGACUUGCCAGAGUCAGUGGACGGUGUAACAUUUUUGUCUGGGUUUCCCUCUUAUAGCUAACUCGAUGAUCAUGGAGUCGGGAGCCGAUGCCCAGCAGGGUGCAGACACUGCGGUCUCGGAAACUGAGAACCAACAGAUCACACAGGCCCAAAUCGCCACUCUUGCACAGGUAACAAUGGCUGCCGGACACGCUAGUGCCACAACACCCACAGUCACCCUGGUGCAGCUGCCCAAUGGUCAAACAGUACAGGUGCACGGAGUGAUUGCUCAACCUUCAGUCAUUCAGUCUCCACAGGUGCAGACUGUCCAGAUUUCCACAUUAGCGGAGAGUGAGGACUCACAGGAGUCAGUGGACAGUGUGACCGACUCUCAAAAACGAAGAGAGAUCCUUUCUAGACGCCCCUCAUAUAGGAAAAUCCUGAAUGACCUGUCAUCAGACGCUCCAGGAGUUCCGAGAAUCGAAGAGGAGAAAUCCGAGGAGGACGCUGCGCCUGCCAUCACUACAGUGACCAUGCCAACUCCAAUAUAUCAGACCAGCAGUGGCCAGUACAUCGCCAUUACACAGGGUGGAGCCAUUCAGCUUGCAAAUAAUGGUACAGAUGGAGUGCAGGGAUUGCAGACUCUAACCAUGACCAAUGCAGCAGCAGCCCAGCAGGGGACCACCAUCCUGCAGUACGCCCAGACCAGUGACGGUCAACAGAUACUGGUGCCCAGCAAUCAAGUGGUAGUACAAGCUGCUUCUGGAGAUGUUCAGGCCUAUCAAAUUCGUACUGCCCCAACUAGCACUAUUGCUCCAGGUGUGGUCAUGGCAUCCUCUCCGGCCCUGCCAAGCCAAGGAGGUGCUGAAGAAGCCACGCGCAAGAGGGAGGUCCGCCUCAUGAAGAACAGAGAGGCUGCUCGUGAGUGCCGUCGAAAGAAAAAGGAAUAUGUCAAGUGUCUGGAGAACCGUGUGGCCGUUUUGGAGAACCAGAACAAAACUCUCAUCGAGGAACUCAAAGCACUCAAAGACCUGUACUGUCACAAAUCAGAGUGAUGUACCACCCGUUCUCCCUUCAUUCUGGCAGACUUGCGUGUACAGAGACUAAAGGACAUAAAGGACACAUGUUUUCUUAUUUUAAAUUGCUGCAGACUGCCUGUAUGAACACACAAGUACGAGAGGGAACUGAACAGAAGCCCCUGGCCAACACAAAUCUCUAAAAAUAUUGGAUCGUGUCAUUAAAGACAAUAAAAAUGCUGAAAACCUUACUGUGGACAUAAACACAAAAGUAUGUUCUCAGCCAUCUUUACUUCUGGACUCAAACCGAAACUCAGAGGAGGGGUUUGUGGGAAAAUGUUUACCUUUUUAUCCAAUGUGCUGGUGUACAAGUCGUCAAUAACUUUUAAAAGAGAUACAAAUAAUGUACAAUAAUAAUAAUUGAACUGACAUUUCAAUAGUAUGGUAGGCAUCGAGAAAGAUUUUGUCUUGGAGUUAGCAUCAUUCC